AUGGUCUUGGAUGAUGUUGAAGUGAAGCCAUCUAGAACAACAGCCUGCUGCCUAAUGGCGAAGAAAGUAGAAAUCCAUGCUCAUAUAUCGCCAUGUAUGCCAAAAGAUGACAGAAGGACGAGAUAUCAAACACGAUCAGAGGCUAUGUGCUGUGACAUCAGCGGUCUUACGUUAGACCCGAUGUUACUGAUUGAUGACGACUCACCACCAACAGGACCAUAUAAUGCUUUUAUACCAGUCUUCUUUACGUGCCAAACAACAUACAUGCAUGCUCUCUCUGACUUCAACAUGUGCAACGGGCCAAGUGGUUGGUUAACUUCACCAGAGAACUACGAUUGUCUCGCUCCAUGCCCCGAGGAAACAUGGAGUAACGUAGAUGUGACCUUGACAACGGGGCAGUACUUUUCCAGCGAUGGCGCCUAUGAGCACAACAGCGGCUUGGACUUUUCAUGCUCAGUCGGAACUUUGGAAGGAACCUCUACAGCAUUCUGUGAGGAUGGCAUAUGGAGUCCCGAUGCCUCCUCUGUCAAAUGCAAUCACAUACCGACGACGCUGAUAGCGACAACUAAACCGAUUUGGACAACAGAUGUUGCGGAGGUAACUACAGCAAGACCCACAGUCGAAGAAAUAAGUAUACUACUCACUACUGUACUACCGAUAUUGGGAGAUGGUGCCUCUACCGAAUUGACUGAUAGUACAAAAGACACUACAAUGCUUGAGGAGAUAACUUCAACGACGGGUACUGAGAAACCUUCAAUAAAAACUGACAUGACCAACAAGGCAACGAGAGAUACAACAGUGUUAGAUUAUACAGCAGAGGAUUCUACCUUAGUAGAAGUUACCCAGAUGAUAACCUCAAUAUCAGGGACGGAUACCGAGGGAUCUACUCUAAUCAGUGAAACUUCUUCAAAAGGGACAACAUCGUUUUCUACGAUGGUAGAUAUCACAGACGACACAACAAUUUUGGAAAUAACGGAAGAGAUCACUUCACUCUUACCGACGGUUACCGAAAAACCUACGAUAACCACUGAUAUUUCUACAGAUGAGGCGACGAUACCUACAACACUGAUAGAUUCUACUACAGAAGAAACUACCGUGGUAGAUGUAACUGAAGUGAUAACUGCAAUAUCUUCGACGGCUACCGAAGAACCUACAAUAGUUACUGGCGUUUCUACAUCUGAAGCAACGAUAUCUGCCUUGGUGUCUGAUUCUACAGCAGAGGAUUCUACGGUAGUCGAAGUUACCGAGGAGGUAACUUCAAUAUCAGUGACUGAUACCGAUGGAUCUACACUAAUUAGUGAAACUUCUUCCAAAGGGACAACAUUGUUUUCUACAGUGGUAGAUAUCACAGAAGACACCACAAUUUUGGAAUUAACGGAAGAGAUCACUUCACUCUUACCGACGGUUACCGAAAAACCUACGAUAACCACUGAUAUUUCUACAGAUGAGGCGACGAUACCUACAACACUGAUAGAUUCUACUACAGAAGAAACUACCAUGGUAGAUGUAACUGAAGUGAUAACUGCAAUAUCUUCGACGGCUACCGAAGAACCUACAAUAGUUACUGGCGUUUCUACAUCUGAAGCAACGAUAUCUGCCUUGGUGUCUGAUUCUACAGCAGAGGAUUCUACGGUAGUCGAAGUUACCGAGGAGGUAACUUCAAUAUCAGUGACUGAUACCGAUGGAUCUACACUAAUUAGUGAAACUUCUUCCAAAGGGACAACAUUGUUUUCUACGGUGGUAGAUAUCACAGAAGACACCACAAUUUUGGAAUUAACGGAAGAGAUCACUUCACUCUUACCGACGGUUACCGAAAAACCUACGAUAACCACUGAUAUUUCUACAGAUGAGGCGACGAUACCUACAACACUGAUAGAUUCUACUACAGAAGAAACUACCCUGGUAGAUGUAACUGAAGUGAUAACUGCAAUAUCUUCGACGGCUACCGAAGAACCUACAAUAGUUACUGGCGUUUCUACAUCUGAAGCAACGAUAUCUGCCUUGGUGUCUGAUUCUACAGCAGAGGAUUCUACGGUAGUCGAAGUUACCGAGGAGGUAACUUCAAUAUCAGUGACUGAUACCGAUGGAUCUACACUAAUUAGGAAAACUUCUUUGUUUCUUCUGUUUUCUACAAUGGUAGAUAUCACAGAAGACACCACAAUUUUGGAAUUAACGGAAGAGAUCACUUCACUCUUACCGACGGUUACCGAAAUACCUACGAUAACCACUGAUAUUCCUACAGAUGAGGCGACGAUUCCUACAACACUGAUAGAUUCUACUACAGAAGAAACUACCAUGGUAGAUGUAACUGAAGUGAUAACUGCAAUAUCUUCGACGGCUACCGAAGAACCUACAAUAGUUACUGGCGUUUCUACAUCUGAAGCAACGAUAUCUGCCUUGGUGUCUGAUUCUACAGCAGAGGAUUCUACCGUAGUCGAAGUUACCGAGGAGGUAACUUCAAUAUCAGUGACUGAUACCGAUGGAUCUACACUUAUUAGUGAAACUUCUUCCAAAGGGACAACAUUGUUUUCUACAAUGGUAGAUAUCACAGAAGACACAACAAUUUUGGAAUUAACGGAAGAGAUCACUUCACUCUUACCGACGGUUACCGAAAAACCUACGAUAACCACUGAUAUUUCUACAGAUGAGGCGACGAUACCUACAACACUGAUAGAUUCUACUACAGAAGAAACUUCCCUGGUAGAUGUAACUAAAGUGAUAACUGCAAUAUCAUCGACGGCUACCGAAGAACCUACAAUAGUUACUGGCGUUUCUACAUCUGAAGCAACGAUAUCUGCCUUGGUGUCUGAUUCUACAGCAGAGGAUUCUACGGUAGUCGAAGUUACCGAGGAGGUAACUUCAAUAUCAGUGACUGAUACCGAUGGAUCUACACUAAUUAGUGAAACUUCUUCCAAAGGGACAACAUUGUUUUCUACUGUGGUAGAUAUCACAGAAGACACCACAAUUUUGGAAUUAACGGAAGAGAUCACUUCACUCUUACCGACGGUUACCGAAAAACCUACGAUAACCACUGAUAUUUCUACAGAUGACGCGACGAUACCUACAACACUGAUAGAUUCUACUACAGAAGAAACUACCAUGGUAGAUGUAACUGAAGUGAUAACUGCAAUAUCUUCGACGGCUACCGAAGAACCUACAAUAGUUACUGGCGUUUCUACAUCUGAAGCAACGAUAUCUGCCUUGGUGUCUGAUUCUACAGCAGAGGAUUCUACGGUAGUCGAAGUUACCGAGGAGGUAACUUCAAUAUCAGUGACUGAUACCGAUGGAUCUACACUAAUUAGUGAAACUUCUUCCAAAGGUACAACAUUGUUUUCUACAAUGGUAGAUAUCACAGAAGACACCACAAUUUUGGAAUUAACGGAAGAGAUCACUUCACUCUUACCGACGGUUACCGAAAUACCUACGAUAACCACUGAUAUUCCUACAGAUGAGGCGACGAUACCUACAACACUGAUAGAUUCUACUACAGAAGAAACUACCAUGGUAGAUGUAACUGAAGUGAUAACUGCAAUAUCUUCGACGGCUACCGAAGAACCUACAAUAGUUACUGGCGUUUCUACAUCUGAAGCAACGAUAUCUGCCUUGGUGUCUGAUUCUACGGCAGAGGAUUCUACGGUAGUCGAAGUUACCGAGGAGGUAACUUCAAUAUCAGUGACUGGUACCGAUGGAUCUACACUAAUUAGUGAAACUUCUUCCAAAGGUACAACAUUGUUUUCUACAAUGGUAGAUAUCACAGAAGACACCACAAUUUUGGAAUUAACGGAAGAGAUCACUUCACUCUUACCGACGGUUACCGAAAUACCUACGAUAACCACUGAUAUUCCUACAGAUGAGGCGACGAUACCUACAACAGUGAUAGAUUCUACUACAGAAGAAACUACCAUGGUAGAUGUAACUGAAGUGAUAACUGCAAUAUCUUCGACGGCUACCGAAGAACCUACAAUAGUUACUGGCGUUUCUACAUCUGAAGCAACGAUAUCUGCCUUGGUGUCUGAUUCUACAGCAGAGGAUUCUACGGUAGUCGAAGUUACCGAGGAGGUAACUUCAAUAUCAGUGACUGAUACCGAUGGACCUACACUAAUUAGUGAAACUUCUUCCAAAGGGACAACAUUGUUUUCUACUGUGGUAGAUAUCACAGAAGACACAACAAUUUUGGAAUUAACGGAAGAGAUCACUUCACUCUUACCGACGGUUACCGAAAAACCUACGAUAACCACUGAUAUUUCUACAGAUGAGGCGACGAUACCUACAACACUGAUAUAUUCUACUACAGAAGAAACUACCAUGGUAGAUGUAACUGAAGUGAUAACUGCAAUAUCUUCGACGGCUACCGAAGAACCUACAAUAGUUACUGGCGUUUCUACAUCUGAAGCAACGAUAUCUGCCUUGGUGUCUGAUUCUACAGCAGAGGAUUCUACGGUAGUCGAAGUUACCGAGGAGGUAACUUCAAUAUCAGUGACUGAUACCGAUGGAUCUACACUAAUUAGUGAAACUUCUUCCAAAGGUACAACAUUGUUUUCUACAAUGGUAGAUAUCACAGAAGACACCACAAUUUUGGAAUUAACGGAAGAGAUCACUUCACUCUUACCGACGGUUACCGAAAUACCUACGAUAACCACUGAUAUUCCUACAGAUGAGGCGACGAUACCUACAACACUGAUAGAUUCUACUACAGAAGAAACUACCAUGGUAGAUGUAACUGAAGUGAUAACUGCAAUAUCUUCGACGGCUACCGAAGAACCUACAAUAGUUACUGGCGUUUCUACAUCUGAAGCAACAAAAUCUGCCUUGGUGUCUGAUUCUACAGCAGAGGAUUCAACAGUAGUCGAAGUUACCGAGGAGGUAACUUCAAUAUCAGUGACUGAUACCGAUAGAUCUACACUUAUUAGUGAAACUUCUUCCAAAGGGACAACAUUGUUUUCUACAAUGGUAGAUAUCACAGAAGACACAACAAUUUUGGAAUUAACGGAAGAGAUCACUUCACUCUUACCGACGGGUAGCAAAAAAUCUACGAUAACCACUGAUAUUUCUACAGAUGAGGCGACGAUUCCUACAACACUGAUAGAUUCUACAACAGAAGAAACUUCCCUGGUAGAUGUUACUGAAGUGAUAACUGGAAUAUCAUCGACGGCUACCGAAGAACCUACAAUAGUUACUGGCGUUUCUACAUCUGAAGCAACGAUAUCUGCCUUGGUGUCUGAUUCUACAGCAGAGGAUUCUACGGUAGUCGAAGUUACCGAGGAGGUAACUUCAAUAUCAGUGACUGAUACCGAUGGAUCUACACUAAUUAGUGAAACUUCUUCCAAAGGUACAACAUUGUUUUCUACAAUGGUAGAUAUCACAGGAGACACCACAAUUUUGGAAUUAACGGAAGAGAUCACUUCACUCUUACCGACGGGUAGCGAAAAAUCUACGAUAACCACUGAUAUUUCUACAGAUGAGGCGACGAUUCCUACAACACUGAUAGAUUCUACAACAGAAGAAACUUCCAUGGUAGAUGUUACUGAAGUGAUAACUGGAAUAUCAUCGACGGCUACCGAAGAACCUACAAUAGUUACUGGCGUUUCUACAUCUGAAGCAACGAUAUCUGCCUUGGUGUCUGAUUCUACAGCAGAGGAUUCUACGGUAGUCGAAGUUACCGAGGAGGUAACUUCAAUAUCAGUGACUGAUACCGAUGGAUCUACACUUAUUAGUGAAACUUCUUCCAAAGGGACAACAUUGAAUUCUACGGAGGUAGAUAUCACAGAAGACACUAAAAUUUUGGAAUUAACGGAAGAGAUCACUUCACUCUUACCGACGGGUAGCGAAAAAUCUACGAUAACCACUGAUAUUUCUACAGAUGAGGCGACGAUUCCUACAACACUGAUAGAUUCUACAACAGAAGAAACUACCCUGGUAGAUGUAACUGAAGUGAUAACUGCAAUAUCUUCGACGGCUACCGAAGAACCUACAAUAGUUACUGGCGUUUCUACAUCUGAAGCAACGAUAUCUGCCUUGGUGUCUGAUUCUACAGCAGAGGAUUCUACGGUAGUCGAAGUUACCGAGGAGGUAACUUCAAUAUCAGUGACUGAUACCGAUGGAUCUACACUAAUUAGUGAAACUUCUUCCAAAGGUACAACAUUGUUUUCUACAAUGGUAGAUAUCACAGAAGACACCACAAUUUUGGAAUUAACGGAAGAGAUCACUUCACUCUUACCGACGGUUACCGAAAUACCUACGAUAACCACUGAUAUUCCUACAGAUGAGGCGACGAUACCUACAACACUGAUAGAUUCUACUACAGAAGAAACUACCAUGGUAGAUGUAACUGAAGUGAUAACUGCAAUAUCUUCGACGGCUACCGAAGAACCUACAAUAGUUACUGGCGUUUCUACAUCUGAAGCAACGAUAUCUGCCUUGGUGUCUGAUUCUACAGCAGAGGAUUCUACGGUAGUCGAAGUUACCGAGGAGGUAACUUCAAUAUCAGUGACUGAUACCGAUGGAUCUACACUAAUUAGUGAAACUUCUUCCAAAGGGACAACAUUGUUUUCUACUGUGGUAGAUAUCACAGAAGACACAACAAUUUUGGAAUUAACGGAAGAGAUCACUUCACUCUUACCGACGGUUACCGAAAAACCUACGAUAACCACUGAUACUUCUACAGUUCAGGCGACGAUACCUUCUACACUGAUAGAUUCUACUACAGAAGAAACUACCCUGGUAGAUGUAACUGAAGUGAUAACUGCAAUAUCUUCGACGGCUACCGAAGAACCUACAAUAGUUACUGGCGUUUCUACAUCUGAAGCAACGAUAUCUGCCUUGGUGUCUGAUUCUACAGCAGAGGAUUCUACGGUAGUCGAAGUUACCGAGGAGGUAACUUCAAUAUCAGUGACUGAUACCGAUGGAUCUACACUAAUUAGUGAAACUUCUUCCAAAGGGACAACAUUGUUUUCUACAGUGGUAGAUAUCACAGAAGACACCACAAUUUUGGAAUUAACGGAAGAGAUCACUUCACUCUUACCGACGGUUACCGAAAAACCUACGAUAACCACUGAUAUUUCUACAGAUGAGGCGACGAUACCUACAACACUGAUAGAUUCUACUACAGAAGAAACUACCAUGGUAGAUGUAACUGAAGUGAUAACUGCAAUAUCUUCGACGGCUACCGAAGAACCUACAAUAGUUACUGGCGUUUCUACAUCUGAAGCAACGAUAUCUGCCUUGGUGUCUGAUUCUACAGCAGAGGAUUCUACGGUAGUCGAAGUUACCGAGGAGGUAACUUCAAUAUCAGUGACUGAUACCGAUGGACUUACACUAAUUAGUGAAACUUCUUCCAAAGGGACAACAUUGUUUUCUACGGUGGUAGAUAUCACAGAAGACACAACAAUUUUGGAAUUAACGGAAGAGAUCACUUCACUCUUACCGACGGUUACCGAAAAACCUACGAUAACCACUGAUAUUUCUACAGAUGAGGCGACGAUACCUACAACACUGAUAGAUUCUACUACAGAAGAAACUACCAUGGUAGAUGUAACUGAAGUGAUAACUGCAAUAUCUUCGACGGCUACCGAAGAACCUACAAUAGUUACUGGCGUUUCUACAUCUGAAGCAACGAUAUCUGCCUUGGUGUCUGAUUCUACAGCAGAGGAUUCUACGGUAGUCGAAGUUACCGAGGAGGUAACUUCAAUAUCAGUGACUGAUACCGAUGGAUCUACACUAAUUAGUGAAACUUCUUCCAAAGGUACAACAUUGUUUUCUACAAUGGUAGAUAUCACAGAAGACACCACAAUUUUGGAAUUAACGGAAGAGAUCACUUCACUCUUACCGACGGUUACCGAAAUACCUACGAUAACCACUGAUAUUCCUACAGAUGAGGCGACGAUACCUACAACACUGAUAGAUUCUACUACAGAAGAAACUACCAUGGUAGAUGUAACUGAAGUGAUAACUGCAAUAUCUUCGACGGCUACCGAAGAACCUACAAUAGUUACUGGCGUUUCUACAUCUGAAGCAACGAUAUCUGCCUUGGUGUCUGAUUCUACAGCAGAGGAUUCUACGGUAGUCGAAGUUACCGAGGAGGUAACUUCAAUAUCAGUGACUGAUACCGAUGGAUCUACACUUAUUAGUGAAACUUCUUCCAAAGGGACAACAUUGUUUUCUACAGUGGUAGAUAUCACAGAAGACACCACAAUUUUGGAAUUAACGGAAGAGAUCACUUCACUCUUACCGACGGUUACCGAAAAACCUACGAUAACCACUGAUAUUUCUACAGAUGAGGCGACGAUACCUACAACACUGAUAGAUUCUACAACAGAAGAAACUACCCUGGUAGAUGUAACUGAAGUGAUAACUGCAAUAUCUUCGACGGCUACCGAAGAACCUACAAUAGUUACUGGCGUUUCUACAUCUGAAGCAACGAUAUCUGCCUUGGUGUCUGAUUCUACAGCAGAGGAUUCUACGGUAGUCGAAGUUACCGAGGAGGUAACUUCAAUAUCAGUGACUGAUACCGAUGGAUCUACACUAAUUAGUGAAACUUCUUCCAAAGGUACAACAUUGUUUUCUACAAUGGUAGAUAUCACAGAAGACACCACAAUUUUGGAAUUAACGGAAGAGAUCACUUCACUCUUACCGACGGUUACCGAAAUACCUACGAUAACCACUGAUAUUUCUACAGAUGAGGCGACGAUACCUACAACACUGAUAGAUUCUACUACAGAAGAAACUACCAUGGUAGAUGUAACUGAAGUGAUAACUGCAAUAUCUUCGACGGCUACCGAAGAACCUACAAUAGUUACUGGCGUUUCUACAUCUGAAGCAACGAUAUCUGCCUUGGUGUCUGAUUCUACAGCAGAGGAUUCUACGGUAGUCGAAGUUACCGAGGAGGUAACUUCAAUAUCAGUGACUGAUACCGAUGGAUCUACACUAAUUAGUGAAACUUCUUCCAAAGGUACAACAUUGUUUUCUACAAUGGUAGAUAUCACAGAAGACACCACAAUUUUGGAAUUAACGGAAGAGAUCACUUCACUCUUACCGACGGUUACCGAAAUACCUACGAUAACCACUGAUAUUUCUACAGAUGAGGCGACGAUACCUACAACACUGAUAGAUUCUACUACAGAAGAAACUACCAUGGUAGAUGUAACUGAAGUGAUAACUGCAAUAUCUUCGACGGCUACCGAAGAACCUACAAUAGUUACUGGCGUUUCUACAUCUGAAGCAACGAUAUCUGCCUUGGUGUCUGAUUCUACAGCAGAGGAUUCUACGGUAGUCGAAGUUACCGAGGAGGUAACUUCAAUAUCAGUGACUGAUACCGAUGGAUCUACACUAAUUAGUGAAACUUCUUCCAAAGGGACAACAUUGUUUUCUACUGUGGUAGAUAUCACAGAAGACACAACAAUUUUGGAAUUAACGGAAGAGAUCACUUCACUCUUACCGACGGUUACCGAAAAACCUUCGAUAACCACUGAUACUUCUACAGUUCAGGCAACGAUACCUUCUACACUGAUAGAUUCUACUACAGAAGAAACUUCCCUGGUAGAUAUAACUGAAGUGAUAACUGGAAUAUCUUCGACGGCUACCGAAGAACCUACAAUAGUUACUGGCGUUUCUACAUCUGAAGCAACGAUAUCUGCCUUGGUGUCUGAUUCUACAGCAGAGGAUUCUACGGUAGUCGAAGUUACCGAGGAGGUAACUUCAAUAUCAGUGACUGAUACCGAUGGAUCUACACUAAUUAGUGAAACUUCUUCCAAAGGUACAACAUUGUUUUCUACUGUGGUAGAUAUCACAGAAGACACCACAAUUUUGGAAUUAACGGAAGAGAUCACUUCACUCUUACCGACGGUUACCGAAAAACCUACGAUAACCACUGAUAUUUCUACAGAUGAGGCGACGAUACCUACAACACUGAUAGAUUCUACUACAGAAGAAACUACCAUGGUAGAUGUAACUGAAGUGAUAACUGCAAUAUCUUCGACGGCUACCGAAGAACCUACAAUAGUUACUGGCGUUUCUACAUCUGAAGCAACGAUAUCUGCCUUGGUGUCUGAUUCUACAGCAGAGGAUUCUACGGUAGUCGAAGUUACCGAGGAGGUAACUUCAAUAUCAGUGACUGAUACCGAUGGAUCUACACUAAUUAGUGAAACUUCUUCCAAAGGGACAACAUUGUUUUCUACAGUGGUAGAUAUCACAGAAGACACCACAAUUUUGGAAUUAACGGAAGAGAUCACUUCACUCUUACCGACGGUUACCGAAAUACCUACGAUAACCACUGAUAUUCCUACAGAUGAGGCGACGAUACCUACAACACUGAUAGAUUCUACUACAGAAGAAACUACCAUGGUAGAUGUAACUGAAGUGAUAACUGGAAUAUCAUCGACGGCUACUGAAGAACCUACAAUAGUUACGGGCGUUUCUACAUCUGAAGCAAUGAUAUCUGCCUUGGUGUCUGAUUCUACGGCAGAGGAUUCUACCGUAGUCGAAGUUACCGAGGAGGUAACUUCAAUAUCAGUGACUGAUACCGAUGGAUCUACACUUAUUAGUGAAACUUCUUCCAAAGGGACAACAUUGUUUUCUACAGUGGUAGAUAUCACAGAAGACACUACAAUUUUGGAAUUAACGGAAGAGAUCACUUCACUCUUACCGACGGUAACCGGAAAGCCUACGAUAAACACUGAUAUUUCUACAGAUGAGGCGACGAUUCCUACAACACUGAUAGAGUCUACUACAGAAGAAACUACCCUGGUAGAUGUAACUGAAGUGAUAACUGCAAUAUCUUCGACGGCUACCGAAGAACCUACAAUAGUUACUGGCGUUUCUACAUCUGAAGCAACGAUAUCUGCCUUGGUGUCUGAUUCUACAGCAGAGGAUUCUACGGUAGUCGAAGUUACCGAGGAGGUAACUUCAAUAUCAGUGACUGAUACCGAUGGAUCUACACUAAUUAGUGAAACUUCUUCCAAAGGUACAUUAUUGUUUUCUACGGUGGUAGAUAUCACAGAAGACACCACAAUUUUGGAAUUAACGGAAGAGAUCACUUCACUCUUACCGACGGUUACCGAAAAACCUACGAUAACCACUGAUAUUUCUACAGAUGAGGCGACGAUACCUACAACACUGAUAGAUUCUACUACAGAAGAAACUACCAUGGUAGAUGUAACUGAAGUGAUAACUGCAAUAUCUUCGACGGCUACCGAAGAACCUACAAUAGUUACGGGCGUUUCUACAUCUGAAGCAACGAUAUCUGCCUUGGUGUCUGAUUCUACAGCAGAGGAUUCUACAGUAGUCGAAGUUACCGAGGAGGUAACUUCAAUAUCAGUGACUGAUACCGAUGGAUCUACACUUAUUAGUGAAACUUCUUCCAAAGGGACAACAUUGUUUUCUACAAUGGUAGAUAUCACAGAAGACACAACAAUUUUGGAAUUAACGGAAGAGAUCACUUCACUCUUACCGACGGUUACCGAAAAACCUACGAUAACCACUGAUAGUUCUACAGAUGAGGCGACGAUACCUACAACACUGAUAGAUUCUACUACAGAAGAAACUACCCUAGUAGAUGUAACUGAAGUGAUAACUGCAAUAUCUUCGACGGCUACCGAAGAACCUACAAUAGUUACUGGCGUUUCUACAUCUGAAGCAACGAUAUCUGCCUUGGUGUCUGAUUCUACAGCAGAGGAUUCUACGGUAGUCGAAGUUACCGAGGAGGUAACUUCAAUAUCAGUGACUGAUACCGAUGGAUCUACACUAUUUAGUGACACUUCUUCCAAAGGUACAACAUUGUUUUCUAGAAUGGUAGAUAUCACAGAAGACACCACAAUUUUGGAAUUAACGGAAGAGAUCACUUCACUAUUACCGACGGUUACCGAAAUACCUGCGAUAACCACUGACAUUCCUACAAGUGAGGCGACGAUACCUACAACACUAAUAGAUUCUACUACAGAAGAAACUAGCAUGGUAGAUGUAACUGAAGUGAUAACUGCAAUAUCUUCGACGGCUACCGAAGAACCUACAAUAGUUACUGGCGUUUCUACAUCUGAAGCAACGAUAUCUGCCUUGGUGUCUGAUUCUACAGCAGAGGAUUCUACGGUAGUCGAAGUUACCGAGGAGGUAACUUCAAUAUCAGUGACUGAUACCGAUGGAUCUACACUAAUUAGUGAAACUUCUUCCAAAGGGACAACAUUGUUUUCUACAGUGGUAGAUAUCACAGAAGACACCACAAUUUUGGAAUUAACGGAAGAGAUCACUUCACUAUUACCGACGGUUACCGAAAUACCUGCGAUAACCACUGACAUUCCUACAGAUGAGGCGACCAUACCUACAACACUGAUAGAUUCUACUACAGAAGAAACUACCCUAGUAGAUGUAACUGAAGUGAUAACUGCAAUAUCUUCGACGGCUACCGAAGAACCUACAAUAGUUACUGGCGUUUCUACAUCUGAAGCAACGAUAUCUGCCUUGGUGUCUGAUUCUACAGCAGAGGAUUCUACGGUAGUCGAAGUUACCGAGGAGGUAACUUCAAUAUCAGUGACUGAUACCGAUAGAUCUACACUAAUUAGUGAAACUUCUUCCAAAGGGACAACAUUGUUUUCUACUAUGGUAGAUAUCACAGAAGACACAACAAUUUUGGAAUUAACGGAAGAGAUCACUUCACUCUUACCGACGGUUACCGAAAAACCUACGAUAACCACUGACAUUCCUACAGAUGAGGCGACGAUACCUCCAACACUGAUAGAUUCUACUACAGAAGAAACUACCCUAGUAGAUGUAACUGAAGUGAUAACUGCAAUAUCUUCGACGGCUACCGAAGAACCUACAAUAGUUACUGGCGUUUCUACAUCUGAAGCAACGAUAUCUGCCUUGGUGUCUGAUUCUACAGCAGAGGAUUCUACGGUAGUCGAAGUUACCGAGGAGGUAACUUCAAUAUCAGUGACUGAUACCGAUGGAUCUACACUAAUUAGUGAAACUUCUUCCAAAGGGACAACAUUGUUUUCUACUGUGGUAGAUAUCACAGAUGACACAACAAUUUUGGAAUUAACGGAAGAGAUCACUUCGCUUUUACCGACGGUUACCCCAAAACCUACGAUAACCACUGACAUUCCUACAGAUGAGGCGACGAUACCUACUACACUGAUAGAUUCUACUACAGAAGAAACUACCCUAGUAGAUGUAACUGAAGUGAUAACUGCAAUAUCUUCGACGGCUACCGAAGAACCUACAAUAGUUACUGGCGUUUCUACAUCUGAAGCAACGAUAUCUGCCUUGGUGUCUGAUUCUACAGCAGAGGAAUCUACGGUAGUCGAAGUUACCGAGGAGGUAACUUCAAUAUCCUUGACUGAUACCGAUGGAUCUACACUAAUUAGUGGAACUUCUUCUAAAGGGACAACAUUGUUUUCUACGGUGGUAGAUAUCACAGAACACACAACAAUUUUGGAAUUAACGGAAGAGAUCACUUCGCUUUUACCGACGGUUACCCAAAAACCUACGAUAACCACUGACAUUCCUACAGAUGAGGCGACGAUACCUACAACACUGAUAGAUUCUACUACAGAAGAAACUUCCCUGGUAGAUGUAACUGAAGUGAUAACUGGAAUAUCAUCGACGGCUACCGAAGAACCUACCAUAGUUACUGGCGUUUCUACAUCUGAAGCAACGAUAUCUGCCUUGGUGUCUGAUUCUACAGCAGAGGAAUCUACGGUAGUCGAAGUUACCGAGGAGGUAACUUCAAUAUCAUUGACUGAUACCGAUGGAUCUACACUAAUUAGUGGAACUUCUUCUAAAGGGACAAUAUUGUUUUCUACGGUGGUAGAUAUCACAGAAGACACAACAAUUUUGGAAUUAACGGAAGAGAUCACUUCACUCUUACCGACGGUUACCGAAAAACCUACGAUAACCACUGACAUUCCUACAGAUGAGGCGACGAUACCUACAACACUGAUAGAUUCUACUACAGAAGAAACUACCCUGGUAGAUGUAACUGAAGUGAUAACUGCAAUAUCAUCGACGGCUACCGAAGAACCUACAAUAGUUACUGGCGUUUCUACAUCUGAAGCAACGAUAUCUGCCUUGGUGUCUGAUUCUACAGCAGAGGAUUCUACGGUAGUCGAAGUUACCGAGGAGGUAACUUCAAUAUCAGUGACUGAUACCGAUGGAUCUACACUAAUUAGUGGAACUUCUUCUAAAGGGACAACAUUGUUUUCUACGGUGGUAGAUAUCACAGAAGACACAACAAUUUUGGAAUUAACGGAAGAGAUCACUUCGAUUUUACCGACGGUUACCGAAAAACCUACGAUAACCACUGACAUUCCUACAGAUGAGGCGACGAUACCUCCAACACUGAUAGAUUCUACUACAGAAGAAACUACCCUAGUAGAUGUAACUGAAGUGAUAACUGCAAUAUCUUCGACGGCUACCGAAGAACCUACAAUAGUUACUGGCGUUUCUACAUCUGAAGCAACGAUAUCUGCCUUGGUGUCUGAUUCUACUGCAGAGGAUUCUACGGUAGUCGAAGUUACCGAGGAGGUAACUUCAAUAUCCUUGACUGAUACCGAUGGAUCUACACUAAUUAGUGAAACUUCUUCCAAAGGGACAACAUUGUUUUCUACGGUGGUAGAUAUCACAGAAGACACCACAAUUUUGGAAUUAACGGAAGAGAUCACUUCACUAUUACCGACGGUUACCGAAAUACCUACGAUAACCACUGACAUUCCUACAGAUGAGGCGACGAUACCUACAACACUGAUAGAUUCUACUACAGAAGAAACUACUAUGGUAGAUUUAACUGAAGUGAUAACUGCAAUAUCUUCGACGGCUACCGAAGAACCUACAAUAGUUACUGGCGUUUCUACAUCUGAAGCAACGAUAUCUGCCUUGGUGUCUGAUUCUACAGCAGAGGAUUCUACGGUAGUCGAAGUUACCGAGGAGGUAACUUCAAUAUCAUUGACUGAUACCGAUGGAUCUACACUAAUUAGUGAAACUUCUUCCAAAGGGACAACAUUGUUUUCUACUGUGGUAGAUAUCACAGAAGACACAACAAUUUUGGAAUUAACGGAAGAGAUCACUUCGCUUUUACCGACGGUUACCCCAAAACCUACGAUAACCACUGACAUUCCUACAGAUGAGGCGACGAUACCUACAACACUGAUAGAUUCUACCACAGAAGAAACUUCCCUGGUAGAUGUAACUGAAGUGAUAACUGCAAUAUCAUCGACGGCUACCGAAGAAAUUACAAUAGUUACUGGCGUUUCUACAUCUGAAGCAACGAUAUCUGCCUUGGUGUCUGAUUCUACAGCAGAGGAUUCUACGGUAGUCGAAGUUACCGAGGAGGUAACUUCAAUAUCAGUGACUGAUACCGAUGGAUCUACACUAAUUAGUGGAACUUCUUCUAAAGGGACAACAUUGUUUUCUACGGUGGUAGAUAUCACAGAAGACACAACAAUUUUGGAAUUAACGGAAGAGAUCACUUCGAUUUUACCGACGGUUACCCAAAAACCUACGAUAACCACUGACAUUCCUACAGAUGAGGCGACGAUACCUACAACACUGAUAGAUUCUACUACAGAAGAAACUACCCUGGUAGAUGUAACUGAAGUGAUAACUGCAAUAUCUUCGACGGCUACCGAAGAACCUACAAUAGUUACUGGCGUUUCUACAUCUGAAGCAACGAUAUCUGCCUUGGUGUCUGAUUCUACAGCAGAGGAUUCUACGGUAGUCGAAGUUACCGAGGAGGUAACUUCAAUAUCCUUGACUGAUACCGAUGGAUCUACACUAAUUAGUGAAACUUCUUCCAAAGGGACAACAUUGUUUUCUACUGUGGUAGAUAUCACAGAAGACACAACAAUUUUGGAAUUAACGGAAGAGAUCACUUCACUCUUACCGACGGUUACCGAAAAACCUACGAUAACCACUGACAUUCCUACAGAUGAGGCGACGAUACCUACAACACUGAUAGAUUCUACUACAGAAGAAACUACCCUGGUAGAUGUAACUGAAGUGAUAACUGGAAUAUCAUCGACGGCUACCGAAGAACCUACCAUAGUUACUGGCGUUUCUACAUCUGAAGCAACGAUAUCUGCCUUGGUGUCUGAUUCUACAGCAGAGGAAUCUACGGUAGUCGAAGUUACCGAGAAGGUAACUUCAAUAUCAUUGACUGAUACCGAUGGAUCUACACUAAUUAGUGAAACUUCUUCCAAAGGGACAACAUUGUUUUCUACGGUGGUAGAUAUCACAGAUGACACAACAAUUUUGGAAUUAACGGAAGAGAUCACUUCGCUUUUACCGACGGUUACCCCAAAACCUACGAUAACCACUGACAUUCCUACAGAUGAGGCGACGAUACCUACAACACUGAUAGAUUCUACCACAGAAGAAACUUCCCUGGUAGAUGUAACUGAAGUGAUAACUGCAAUAUCAUCGACGGCUACCGAAGAAAUUACAAUAGUUACUGGCGUUUCUACAUCUGAAGCAACGAUAUCUGCCUUGGUGUCUGAUUCUACAGCAGAGGAUUCUACGGUAGUCGAAGUUACCGAGGAGGUAACUUCAAUAUCAUUGACUGAUACCGAUGGAUCUACACUAAUUAGUGGAACUUCUUCCAAAGGGACAACAUUGUUUUCUACUGUGGUAGAUAUCACAGAAGACACAACAAUUUUGGAAUUAACGGAAGAGAUCACUUCGAUUUUACCGACGGUUACCCAAAAACCUACGAUAACCACUGACAUUCCUACAGAUGAGGCGACGAUACCUACAACACUGAUAGAUUCUACUACAGAAGAAACUACCCUAGUAGAUGUAACUGAAGUGAUAACUGCAAUAUCUUCGACGGCUACCGAAGAACCUACAAUAGUUACUGGCGUUUCUACAUCUGAAGCAACGAUAUCUGCCUUGGUAUCUGAUUCUACAGCAGAGGAUUCUACGGUAGUCGAAGUUACCGAGGAGGUAACUUCAAUAUCCUUGACUGAUACCGAUGGAUCUACACUAAUUAGUGAAACUUCUUCCAAAGGGACAACAUUGUUUUCUACUAUGGUAGAUAUCACAGAACACACAACAAUUUUGGAAUUAACGGAAGAGAUCACUUCACUCUUACCGACGGUUACCGAAAAACCUACGAUAACCACUGACAUUCCUACAGAUGAGGCGACGAUACCUACAACACUGAUAGAUUCUACUACAGAAGAAACUUCCCUGGUAGAUGUAACUGAAGUGAUAACUGGAAUAUCAUCGACGGCUACCGAAGAACCUACCAUAGUUACUGGCGUUUCUACAUCUGAAGCAACGAUAUCUGCCUUGGUGUCUGAUUCUACAGCAGAGGAAUCUACGGUAGUCGAAGUUACCGAGAAGGUAACUUCAAUAUCAUUGACUGAUACCGAUGGAUCUACACUAAUUAGUGGAACUUCUUCUAAAGGGACAACAUUGUUUUCUACGGUGGUAGAUAUCACAGAAGACACAACAAUUUUGGAAUUAACGGAAGAGAUCACUUCGAUUUUACCGACGGUUACCCAAAAACCUACGAUAACCACUGACAUUCCUACAGAUGAGGCGACGAUACCUACAACACUGAUAGAUUCUACUACAGAAGAAACUUCCCUGGUAGAUGUAACUGAAGUGAUAACUGCAAUAUCUUCGACGGCUACCGAAGAACCUACAAUAGUUACUGGCGUUUCUACAUCUGAAGCAACGAUAUCUGCCUUGGUGUCUGAUUCUACAGCAGAGGAAUCUACGGUAGUCGAAGUUACCGAGGAGGUAACUUCAAUAUCAUUGACUGAUACCGAUGGAUCUACACUAAUUAGUGGAACUUCUUCUAAAGGGACAACAUUGUUUUCUACGGUGGUAGAUAUCACAGAAGACACAACAAUUUUGGAAUUAACGGAAGAGAUCACUUCGAUUUUACCGACGGUUACCCAAGAACCUACGAUAACCACUGACAUUCCUACAGAUGAGGCGACGAUACCUCCAACACUGAUAGAUUCUACUACAGAAGAAACUUCCCUGGUAGAUGUAACUGAAGUGAUAACUGGAAUAUCAUCGACGGCUACCGAAGAACCUACCAUAGUUACUGGCGUUUCUACAUCUGAAGCAACGAUAUCUGCCUUGGUGUCUGAUUCUACAGCAGAGGAAUCUACGGUAGUCGAAGUUACCGAGAAGGUAACUUCAAUAUCAUUGACUGAUACCGAUGGAUCUACACUAAUUAGUGGAACUUCUUCUAAAGGGACAACAUUGUUUUCUACGGUGGUAGAUAUCACAGAAGACACAACAAUUUUGGAAUUAACGGAAGAGAUCACUUCACUUUUACCGACGGUUACCGAAAAACCUACGAUAACCACUGACAUUCCUACAGAUGAGGCGACGAUACCUACAACACUGAUAGAUUCUACUACAGAAGAAACUUCCCUGGUAGAUGUAACUGAAGUGAUAACUGGAAUAUCAUCGACGGCUACCGAAGAACCUACAAUAGUUACUGGCGUUUCUACAUCUGAAGCAACGAUAUCUGCCUUGGUGUCUGAUUCUACAGCAGAGGAAUCUACGGUAGUCGAAGUUACCGAGGAGGUAACUUCAAUAUCAGUGACUGAUACCGAUAGAUCUACACUAAUUAGUGGAACUUCUUCUAAAGGGACAACAUUGUUUUCUACGGUGGUAGAUAUCACAGAAGACACAACAAUUUUGGAAUUAACGGAAGAGAUCACUUCGAUUUUACCGACGGUUACCCAAGAACCUACGAUAACCACUGACAUUCCUACAGAUGAGGCGACGAUACCUCCAACACUGAUAGAUUCUACUACAGAAGAAACUUCCCUGGUAGAUGUAACUGAAGUGAUAACUGGAAUAUCAUCGACGGCUACCGAAGAACCUACAAUAGUUACUGGCAUUUCUACAUCUGAAGCAACGAUAUCUGCCUUGGUGUCUGAUUCUACUGCAGAGGAUUCUACGGUAGUCGAAGUUACCGAGGAGGUAACUUCAAUAUCAUUGACUGAUACCGAUGGAUCUACACUAAUUAGUGAAACUUCUUCCAAAGGGACAACAUUGUUUUCUACAAUGGUAGAUAUCACAGAAGACACCACAAUUUUGGAAUUAACGGAAGAGAUCACUUCACUAUUACCGACGGUUACCGAAAUACCUGCGAUAACCACUGACAUUCCUACAGAUGAGGCGACGAUACCUACAACACUAAUAGAUUCUACUACAGAAGAAACUAGCAUGGUAGAUUUAACUGAAGUGAUAACUGCAAUAUCUUCGACGGCUACCGAAGAACCUACAAUAGUUACUGGCGUUUCUACAUCUGAAGCAACGAUAUCUGCCUUGGUGUCUGAUUCUACAGCAGAGGAUUCUACGGUAGUCGAAGUUACCGAGGAGGUAACUUCAAUAUCAGUGACUGAUACCGAUGGAUCUACACUAAUUAGUGAAACUUCUUCCAAAGGGACAACAUUGUUUUCUACUGUGGUAGAUAUCACAGAAGACACAACAAUUUUGGAAUUAACGGAAGAGAUCACUUCGCUUUUACCGACGGUUACCCCAAAACCUACGAUAACCACUGACAUUCCUACAGAUGAGGCGACGAUACCUACAACACUAAUAGAUUCUACUACAGAAGAAACUAGCCUGGUAGAUGUAACUGAAGUGAUAACUGCAAUAUCUUCGACGGCUACCGAAGAACCUACAAUAGUUACUGGCGUUUCUACAUCUGAAGCAACGAUAUCUGCCUUGGUGUCUGAUUCUACAGCAGAGGAUUCUACGGUAGUCGAAGUUACCGAGGAGGUAACUUCAAUAUCAUUGACUGAUACCGAUGGAUCUACAGUAAUUAGUGAAACUUCUUCUAAAGGGACAACAUUGUUUUCUACUAUGGUAGAUAUCACAGAAGACACAACAAUUUUGGAAUUAACGGAAGAGAUCACUUCGAUCUUACCGACGGUUACCGAAAAACCUACGAUAACCACUGACAUUCCUACAGAUGAGGCGACGAUACCUACAACACUGAUAGAUUCUACUACAGAAGAAACUACCCUGGUAGAUGUAACUGAAGUGAUAACUGCAAUAUCUUCGACGGCUACCGAAGAACCUACAAUAGUUACUGGCGUUUCUACAUCUGAAGCAACGAUAUCUGCCUUGGUGUCUGAUUCUACAGCAGAGGAUUCUACGGUAGUCGAAGUUACCGAGGAGGUAACUUCAAUAUCAGUGACUGAUACCGAUGGAUCUACACUAAUUAGUGAAACUUCUUCCAAAGGUACAACAUUGUUUUCUACUGUGGUAGAUAUCACAGAAGACACAACAAUUUUGGAAUUAACGGAAGAGAUCACUUCACUCUUACCGACGGUUACCGAAAAACCUACGAUAACCACUGACAUUCCUACAGAUGAGGCGACGAUACCUACAACACUGAUAGAUUCUACUACAGAAGAAACUUCCCUGGUAGAUGUAACUGAAGUGAUAAUAGUUACUGGCGUUUCUACAUCUGAAGCAACGAUAUCUGCCUUGGUGUCUGAUUCUACAGCAGAGGAUUCUACGGUAGUCGAAGUUACCGAGGAGGUAACUUCAAUAUCAGUGACUGAUACCGAUGGAUCUACACUAAUUAGUGAAACUUCUUCCAAAGGGACAACAUUGUUUUCUACAGUGGUAGAUAUCACAGAAGACACAACAAUUUUGGAAUUAACGGAAGAGAUCACUUCGAUUUUACCGACGGUUACCCAAGAACCUACGAUAACCACUGACAUUCCUACAGAUGAGGCGACGAUACCUCCAACACUGAUAGAUUCUACUACAGAAGAAACUACCCUGGUAGAUGUAACUGAAGUGAUAACUGCAAUAUCUUCGACGGCUACCGAAGAACCUACAAUAGUUACUGGCGUUUCUACAUCUGAAGCAACGAUAUCUGCCUUGGUGUCUGAUUCUACUGCAGAGGAUUCUACGGUAGUCGAAGUUACCGAGGAGGUAACUUCAAUAUCCUUGACUGAUACCGAUGGAUCUACACUAAUUAGUGAAACUUCUUCCAAAGGGACAACAUUGUUUUCUACAGUGGUAGAUAUCACAGAAGACACCACAAUUUUGGAAUUAACGGAAGAGAUCACUUCACUAUUACCGACGGUUACCGAAAUACCUGCGAUAACCACUGACAUUCCUACAGAUGAGGCGACGAUACCUACAACACUGAUAGAUUCUACUACAGAAGAAACUACCAUGGUAGAUUUAACUGAAGUGAUAACUGCAAUAUCUUCGACGGCUACCGAAGAACCUACAAUAGUUACUGGCGUUUCUACAUCUGAAGCAACGAUAUCUGCCUUGGUGUCUGAUUCUACAGCAGAGGAUUCUACGGUAGUCGAAGUUACCGAGGAGGUAACUUCAAUAUCAGUGACUGAUACCGAUGGAUCUACACUAAUUAGUGAAACUUCUUCCAAAGGGACAACAUUGUUUUCUACUGUGGUAGAUAUCACAGAUGACACAACAAUUUUGGAAUUAACGGAAGAGAUCACUUCGCUUUUACCGACGGUUACCCCAAAACCUACGAUAACCACUGACAUUCCUACAGAUGAGGCGACGAUACCUACAACACUGAUAGAUUCUACCACAGAAGAAACUCACCUGGUAGAUGUAACUGAAGUGAUAACUGCAAUAUCAUCGACGGCUACCGAAGAAAUUACAAUAGUUACUGGCGUUUCUACAUCUGAAGCAACGAUAUCUGCCUUGGUGUCUGAUUCUACAGCAGAGGAAUCUACGGUAGUCGAAGUUACCGAGGAGGUAACUUCAAUAUCAUUGACUGAUACCGAUGGAUCUACACUAAUUAGUGGAACUUCUUCUAAAGGGACAACAUUGUUUUCUACGGUGGUAGAUAUCACAGAAGACACAACAAUUUUGGAAUUAACGGAAGAGAUCACUUUGAUUUUACCGACGGUUACCCAAAAACCUACGAUAACCACUGACAUUCCUACAGAUGAGGCGACGAUACCUACAACACUGAUAGAUUCUACUACAGAAGAAACUACCCUGGUAGAUGUAACUGAAGUGAUAACUGCAAUAUCUUCGACGGCUACCGAAGAACCUACAAUAGUUACUGGCGUUUCUACAUCUGAAGCAACGAUAUCUGCCUUGGUGUCUGAUUCUACAGCAGAGGAUUCUACGGUAGUCGAAGUUACCGAGGAGGUAACUUCAAUAUCAGUGACUGAUACCGAUGGAUCUACACUAAUUAGUGAAACUUCUUCCAAAGGUACAACAUUGUUUUCUACUGUGGUAGAUAUCACAGAAGACACAACAAUUUUGGAAUUAACGGAAGAGAUCACUUCACUCUUACCGACGGUUACCGAAAAACCUACGAUAACCACUGACAUUCCUACAGAUGAGGCGACGAUACCUACAACACUGAUAGAUUCUACUACAGAAGAAACUUCCCUGGUAGAUGUAACUGAAGCGACAAUAGUUACUGGCGUUUCUACAUCUGAAGCAACGAUAUCUGCCUUGGUGUCUGAUUCUACAGCAGAGGAUUCUACGGUAGUCGAAGUUACCGAGGAGGUAACUUCAAUAUCAGUGACUGAUACCGAUGGAUCUACACUAAUUAGUGAAACUUCUUCGAAAGGGACAACAUUGUUUUCUACGGUGGUAGAUAUCACAGAAGACACCACAAUUUUGGAAUUAACGGAAGAGAUCACUUCACUCUUACCGACGGUUACCGAAAUACCUACGAUAACCACUGACAUUUCCACGGAUGAGGCGACGAUACCUACAACACUGAUAGAUUCUACUACAGAAGAAACUACCCUGGUAGAUGUAACUGAAGUUAUAACUGCAAUAUCCUCGAUGGCUACCGAAGAACCUACAAUAGUUACUGGCGUUUCUACAUCUGAAGCAACGAUAUCUGCUAUGGUGUCCGAUUUUACAGCAGGGGAUUCUACCGUAGUCGAAGUUACCGAGGAGGUAACUUCAGUAUCAGUGUCUGAUACCGAAGGAUCUACACCAAUUAGUGAAACUUCUUCUAAAGGGACAACAUUGUUUUCUACUAUGGUAGAUAUCACAGAACACACAACAAUUUUGGAAUUAACGGAAGAGAUCACUUCACUAUUACCGACGGUUACCGAAAUACCUACGAUAACCACUGACAUUUCUACAGAUGAGGCGACGAUACCUACAACACUGAUAGAUUCUACUACAGAAAAAACUACCCUGGUAGAUGUCAAUGAAGUGAUAACUGCAAUAUCAUCGACGGCUACCGAGGAACCUACAAUAGCUUCAGACGUUUCUACAUCUGACGCAAUGAUAUAUACCUUGGUGUCAGAUUCUACAACAAUUGAUCCUACUACUGUAGUACCAGAGUUUACAUCAAUAUCCUUUACUGGUACCGACAAACCCACAGUUUUGCCGUUUAAGACAACAAUUGGUACAGAUUCAACAGAGGAACUUUUACAACCGACGACGGAAGAUUUAUUUGCUCCUCGAGAAUCUACCGCAAAUAGCGACAUCUCUAUACCGGAAGUAACCGAGGGGACACAAAAUGUCUUUUCGACUGGUUCUGAUGGAACCACAAUGAUCAGUGACACAUCUACAAUCGCUGCAACAUCUUUUAGGGAGGAAACGACUGCAAGAACAGAACAAAUCUUCACAUUUCCCGAAGUAACAUCACUUCGGGGCACUUCUACAAGGGGAGCAGCAACCGAUAUAACAUUGUUAUCUCCGAUCGAGACAACUACUGAAUUUCAUUCCACUCUAAUGGUUACUUUAACAUCAGCUACUGAUGAUGCAUCAGCAACUGCACGAACGAGUAAGGAAGUAACACCUUCCCCACCCACAACUCCGCAUUUCGCUGUCAUCACUGAAGACUUAAACAGAUGCGGGGAUGUGAUGUGUGCGGUGAAUGAGCUCUGUGAUGGAUCUCAAACAGAACACCAAUGCGAGUGCUAUCCAGGCACGGUGCGAAGUAACACAGACGAUUUGUGUCGAGCACCUUGUAACAAUACGUGUGACUACAGUACAGAAAUAUGUGAGAACGAAGAGUGUAUAUGUAGACCGGGAACGCAGAGGGAUUACCAAGGAAUCUGCACAAGUGUCUGGACAUUUCGUUUUACUGUAAGAAUAUUUGAAAUCAACGGAGAGGUAGCUACUUUUGACAUCAGUCUCCUUGAUCCAUUCAGUAAUAGCUACGCAUCCUUAUCUACAUCGAUUCAACAGAGUGUAAGUAUACGAAAAUGCACGUUAGCGCGUGCAUGCAGGGCCAAAUAA